CAGCUGCUGAGGGACGAACCUCCAUGUCAGUCAGCGUCUCCCGCCCGUACAAUUUUUUGGGUUCACUUUUAUCCCUGUCCAGUUGCGAUGUCGUCCAUGUCUCCAUCUCUCCUGUGUUCUCGGUGUGUCCCUCAGAGUGACAGCUCAGCUCCCUCCCCGCAGCAGCUCUGCCCUGUAUAACCCCCUCGCCUCCAUCAGCAGGAGGGGGAGGGGAGAUCCUCUGUCAUCCUGUGAGGAGGGAGAGACUUGCACACUGAAAGCCUGAGAGACACAGGAGGGAAGGAAGGGUCCGGCCAUUGCCAGGGAUUCCCGGCCCCACCACCAAAUGAAUGGCGUGGCUUUCUGCCUGGUGGGAUCCCCGACUUCCCCGGCCGCCGCCGCAGCUCAGAAUGCCAUAUCCCAGGAUGGGGAACACCUCAGUAAUUCCCCACCUUCGAAGGAACCCUUUACAUGGGUGGGACCCAGGACGCUGGCCAUCAGGAAGACCCGACAAGGAUUUGGAUUUACACUGCGCCAUUUCAUUGUGUACCCACCAGAGUCUGCAGUGCAUGCAUCAGAACAGGAUGAAAAUGUCAGCAAAGUUUCAGAUUAUCUUCCUCUACAACGCAUGGAACCAAUGGACACCAUCUUUGUCAAGAAUGUAAAGGAUGGUGGUCCAGCUCAGCAAGCUGGACUCUGCACAGGUGACCGCCUUGUUAAAGUUAAUGGAGAGAGUAUAAUCGGGAAGACAUAUUCACAAGUCAUUGCCCUAAUACAAAACAGUGAGGAUGUGCUGGAACUGUCUAUUAUGCCUCGAGAUGAAGAUAUAUUACAGUUGGCAUACUCCCAGGAUGCAUAUCUGAAAGGCAAUGCGCCAUACCGUGGGGGUGCACAUAGCAUCCCUGCACCUCCUCCUGCCUUUUAUCCAUGGCGAGGUCACCCUGUAGAGUCUGCCUCUGGAUACCCAACAAGUUGUAGGUUUCAUCAGUCUAACUGUGAGGAUUUUCCAUCUGUCAGGAGUCCCAUGCACAAUGAAAUUCCAGGCACUAGCCCUGCUCAUCGCAAUGACUACUCUAGGCCUGUUGCUAAUCCUCUCCCUCCACCCCGACCUUACAUGGCUUCUCCAGCUGCAUCUGACCGAUUCAGAGGGCCAGGACCCCCAUACAAUUCUGCCUAUGGUUGGACAUCCCGCCAUCGCCCAGAGCAACCAAACAAAGCUCCUUUUGAUGUGUGGGAGAAGCAAAGUGGCCCCCGCAUGGUAAGUCAAUGGGAACGACACCAAGCACUAUGUAACUGGAUGUCCCAGCAAACACCUCACAAGAUGGGCUCUGACCUGCCCCCCAGAAGACGUAGUGCCUCACAAGACCGACUGGGAGAAGUCACUCGACAAGGUCAUCAAAAUCAUUGGCCUCAGAGUGUUUCACAAGAUACCCUUCACUAUCCUCUUGAUAAUGAUUCCUGGGGCCACCGGGCACAGUCAGACAAUUACUUGUCCCAUACUGGUAGGUCUAUGGAGAAACUGGAGUUAAGUGCUUUAAUAUCACCCCCUUAUGAACGGUCUAUUUGGUCUUCAGAGAGACCUCCUCAGACAACUCAGAAAGUGUCACAUCCUCCCACAUCCCAGCCUGUUGUUGCUUCCAGGGAAGUAGCAAAAUCUGUGACGCAACACUCUAGUUCCGGUGACUCUGGGUAUAUUGGGUACCGGAGUUACAGUCCCUCUUUUCAACGUCGGACUGAACACCUCCAUGCCUUUUCCUUCAGAGAGACAGGAUUUAGUGGUCUCCCUACCUUUAAGUCAGCACAUUGUCCACAUUCUCCCUCCCCACCUGAAAGGAAAGAACCAUCUACAAGUGUCAGUUCGACAGAUGACAGCAGUGCCACAGAGGAAAAGAAAGAGGAGGUGGUCCUCAGACAGAAGCCACCUUCGGGACGAAAGCCUCCAGCAUCUGUGCGACAAGUCAAUGUACUCUUUCCAGAGGAAGGUAAAGAUGUGGAUUUUGCCCCUUCUGCAAGAAGAGAAGACUCGUCAAGUGAGCGACCCUCACAAAGGGUACCCCCAUUACCGUUUUCUGAGGAGCCCCUAGCAUCCAUUCCUUUUAUUGAUGAGCCAACAAGUCCAAGUAUUGAUCUGCGAGCUAAACAUGUCCCAGCCUCCUGUGUUGUAUCCAGUGCCAUCAGCUCUGCCCCAAUAAAAUCUACCAGCCCUUCUUCGCCAACAUUCAGCUUUUCUGUGAGUCGUCAUUAUUCACAGGACUGCAGUAGCAUUAAGUCCAGUCGACGUUCUUCAUACCAUCAAGCAAUUACAACUGAGCGCUCAAAAUCUUGUGACGAUGGCCUCAACACUUUCCGAGAUGAAGGGCGGCUUCAAAGGAAGGUUGUGGGCCGUGUGCCGAGCCUCAGGAUGCUUCGCAGCUUCUUCACUGAUGGGUCUCUUGAUAGCUUGGUUGCUUCUGAAGAUGGGCGAUCGAAAUGUCUCUCCGCCUCUGAGCUGUCUGAUACAGAGUUCAGUGAUGUGUACAGGGAGGGCUGGUUGCUCUAUAAGCAGCUCCUCGCCAGUAAAGGCAAGAAAGUUGGCAGUGGGCUUCGCCAGUGGAAAAGAAUGUACUCCAUCCUGCGCCCGCACUUUCUCUUCUUGCACAAGGAGCGUCCAGAAUCGAGGGGCCUGGGGAUAGGCGAGGAGGAGCAGCCAAUUAGCAUCCUCGGAAGCCUGGUGGACAUCUCUUACAGCGAGACCAAGAGGAAACACGUCUUCCGGCUGACAACGCCUGAUUUCUGUGAAUAUCUCUUUCAGGCUGAGGAUCGAGAUGACAUGUUAAGUUGGGUCAAAGUUAUCAGGGAGAACAGCCGAAUUGAUGGAGAGGACCCCAGCUUUGCUAACCAUGCUUUAAUCAAAGAAAAACUCAAUGAAUAUCGCAAACUGAGUGAAUCAGGUGCCAAACUGGACACAUCACCUAAAGGAACUCGAAGCUUAGGAAUUCGAUCAGAUCUCUUAUGGGCAACAGGACUGGCAGCACCACGUUCACCAAAACAAGAUGGUGCUGUUAAAGCUGAGGAAGGAGCUUCAUCUAAGGCCCCUUGGGGUAUACACAUCAUGAAAAAGAACAAGAAGAGCCCUCCACGGGCUUUCGGGGUAAGGUUGGAGGAUUGUCAGCCUGCAGCUGAAAAUAAGGGUGUUCCUCUUAUUGUGGAGUUGUGCUGCACGUUGGUGGAAGAGAACGGUCUGGAGUACCUAGGCAUAUAUCGUGUCCCUGGAAAUAAUGCAGUAGUGAGCAGCCUGCAAGAACAUCUCAACAAGGGAUUAUGUGAGACCAUCAUGCAGGACCAACGAUGGCAAGAUUUGAACGUGAUCAGUAGUCUGCUUAAAUCUUUUUUUCGAAAACUGCCUGAGCCCCUCUUUACUGAUGACAAAUAUAAUGAAUUUAUCGAAGCUAAUCGCCUGGAGAAUUCUAGCGAGAGGAUGAAAAGGCUUCGCAAACUGAUUCAGGAGCUCCCAUUUUACUAUUAUGAGACACUGCGAUUCCUAGUUCGACAUCUAAAAACAGUAGCUGACCAUGCAGAAAAAAACAAGAUGGAGCCUCGAAAUCUGGCUUUGGUCUUUGGCCCUACGCUUGUCCGGACAUCUGAAGAUAACAUGACAGACAUGGUGACACAUAUGCCAGAUCGAUAUAAGAUUGUAGAGACGCUGAUCCAACAUUCUGAGUGGUUCUUCAGUGAUGAGCAUGAGAAAGCUGAAAAGACUCCAGUGGAUGAAUCAGAUUCCCAGUCUGUACCAAAUAUUGAACAUCUUCUGCCAAAUAUCGGAAGGACAGUAAUUGUAGGAGAUACCUCAGAUUCAACCAACAGUGAUUCUGCCAAAGCAAAGGCUUCUCGAAAAGAGCUGUAUGCUCGUGAUUUACUAUCCUUACCCUUCAUUUCUGUGGUCAACCGCAAGCGCAGGAAGUGGAGAGAUGAGAAGCGCUUUGGGAGCAGCACAGAGGAGGAUGACUCUGAGCAGGAGGCAACACGGGUGGGGCAAACGGAGCAAGGGGCUGAUAUUAAAGAAAAGCAAUGUGAGCCCAGGGAAUUUGAAGGUCCAGAAUGCCCUAAGCCCCAAGAGCAAAAAUCGACCAAUGAAAGGGAUUCUACAGCUGAGAACAAGGAGCCUGUGAGCAGAUGGACAGCUCCUGUAGGAGAGAGGAUUCCUGCUGAUGCUAGAUCCAUUGUUUCUGGGUACUCUACACUCUCUACUCUUUGCUCAGAACCAGCCUCUAGUGUUCGUGGUGGAGAUGAGGCUGAUGAUGAGCGCAGUGAAUUCAGUCACAUGGAAACUGAUACAGAGGUGGGUGGAGAAAGAGAAACAGAACGACCUCACUCUCAGGACUCAUUCACCUCUCAAAGGCUUAUUCCUGGGGACACACUAGCUCGCAAGAAAUUGGGUAAGGGUAAAUAUGAAACCUCAGAGGAACCAGGAUCUUCUUUUUCCCGUACACCACAGCGCACAAGAACAGCAGUGGAUGACCUGUGUGUAACAGCAAUGAGGAAACCUGGAUCUCCAGAAACACGCCGCAGAAAAAGUGCUUGGCGACGUCAUACUGUGGUGCUCCCAGGGCAGCUGACUGAUCUUAACUUCAAUGACUGGAAAGACCCAGCUCAUGGGACAACAGGAGCAUCUGAACCUGGAGCUGGGCUGAGUGGGGGAGCCUGGACCGAGGGAAAAGAUUCUGGACUUAGUAGCUUGGAAUCACAGAAAGCCAAAACAGCAACUAGCCAGGAAUCGGUAACCAACAAGGGGGCAAAAUCCCAGUAUCCCCCUCUUCCUGGUCUCCGACAUUAUUUGUAAUUUUUCUUUGGAAAUAUCUUAUGUUUCUACAACCAGGGUGGAGCUGUAGCAGAGAGUGUUCCUGUCUUCAGAGCUUGAGCACCAACCUGCACUCAUCUGCCAUUAGACCCAAAGAAUGUGGCUUCAAACCCCACAUGGAGCAGGAGUCCUGUUUUGGUUCUGAAAUAGUUUAUGAAAAUCCUGUGCCAUCUUCCCCUCACAACUGUGUCCCUGCAUCUUUACAGCAGGUUUUACAGUGGUGAUAUAGGCCAGAUUCCGGAACGGAGAAGAAAUUAGAUAACUUACCAUGCCGCUCUGCUGUUUCUCCAGCAUCUCCCAAACUUGUGCUGAGAGAUGUUGAAUAACAAUGCAGUCGAAACUUUUCUGCAGAUGACAUGGAAUUUAAUUACAACACACAUUUUCAUCUGUGAACUCUGGUGCCUUACUGCUUUAUUUUUAAAUAUAUAAUCCCUUUACCUAGUCAGAUGACUAAGACCUUGUAAGGUAUAUGGCAGCAUGUGCACAAUACUUGGGAGUGUAAAAUUGUACUCUACACAUGUAAAGCAACACAUUUUCCGAUAUAAUGGCUUUUUUUUGUCAAAUGCUGCAGUUUCUUAGGCUAAUCAUUAAAGUGAAUUUGUGACCAUG